CUCUUGCUAUGGGAGGGGUUAAGCUAACAUAGCGCAGGCGCAGUUACAUCUGGACGUUAGUCACGCCGGAGAAAGAAGAGGAAGCGUAGUUCCCUUCAUCAUAUAAAAUAAUAGAAACAUGUCCACCAGUGGAGAAAGUGAAGGAUUCGUUGUUCGUGUACGAGGCCUGCCGUGGUCCUGUUCAACAGAGGAAGUCCAGAGGUUCUUCUCUGAUUGCAAAAUCGUCAAUGAUGCUGCUGGCAUUCACUUCACUUACACCAGGGAAGGAAGACCAAGUGGAGAGGCGUUUGUAGAACUGGAAACGGAAGAGGACUUGAAAAUUGCAGUUAAAAAGGAUCGGGAGACCAUGGGACAUCGAUACGUUGAAGUAUUUAAAUCUAACAAUGUUGAAAUGGAUUGGGUUCUGAAACACACUGGUCCUAACUGCCCUGAGUCAGCUGGUGAUGGUUUAGUAAGACUCAGAGGUUUACCCUUUGGAUGCAGCAAAGAAGAAAUUGUUCAGUUUUUUUCAGGGUUGGAAAUCGUGCCAAAUGGGAUAACAUUGCCGGUGGACUUCCAGGGGAGGAGUACGGGGGAGGCCUUCGUGCAGUUUGCUUCACAGGAUAUAGCUGAAAAGGCUCUAAAGAAACACAAGGAAAGAAUAGGGCACAGGUAUAUUGAAAUUUUCAAGAGCAGUCGAGCAGAAGUGCGUACCCAUUAUGAACCUCCACGAAAGUCAAUGGGCAUGCAGAGACCUGGGCCAUAUGACCGGCCUGGGGGUGGCAGAGGUUACAGUAACAUGGGACGAGGCGGAUCAUUUGACCGGAUGCGUCGGGGCGGAUAUGGUGGUGGCUAUGGUAGUUAUGAUGACUACAAUGGAUACAGUGAUGGCUAUGGUUUUGGCUCCGAUCACCGUUUUGGACGAGGUACUGAAGGGGUUUCUGAUGGUAGAUACGGGGAUGGCACCUCCACUUUUCAGAGUACAACUGGUCAUUGUGUGCAUAUGAGGGGUUUACCAUACCGUGCUACAGAGACUGACAUUUACAAUUUCUUUUCACCACUUAAUCCAGUCAGAGUUCACAUAGAGAUUGGUCCUGAUGGAAGAGUAACAGGGGAGGCAGAUGUUGAGUUUGCUACCCAUGAAGAUGCUGUAGCAGCUAUGUCUAAAGACAAAGCAAAUAUGCAGCACAGAUAUGUUGAACUUUUUUUGAAUUCGACUGCUGGUGGAAACAAUGGAGCAUAUGGAAAUCAGAUGAUGGGAGCAAUGGCUAAUCAGUCUACAUAUGGACCCAGUAAUCAGCAGAUGGGAGGUGGUUAUACAGGUGGCUAUAAUAAUCAAACCAGCAUGGGUGGCUACGGUGAGUACAGUAAUCAAAGUGGGAUGAACAGCAGCUAUUAUGGAAGUGGAAACCGUGGCUCAAUGGGAAUGAAUGGAAUGGGUGCCAUGUCCAACAACAUGAAUAUGAGUGGAGGAUGGGGGAUGUAAUUUGUUUUUUUUUUUUUUCUUCUUUUUUUUGAAAGUGUACAAUUUUUUUCCAAAAUGGACUGAAGCUCUGCAAUAGCCAGAUCUUGCUGAAAUGUUUGAGGGUUGCCAUUCAAAGUAAUAUGGACUUUCAGUUUGGAAGUACAUCCUGUCAUCUUCACUGGCUGCGAUGCAGAGAGUUUCACUUUUUUAAUUGCUGGUCUUCACUUUUGUUCUGUGUACUCCUCUAAGUUUUAUGUAGACUCAUUUUCAGUGGUAACACAAAAGGCUUGAGGCCUCUAUCUAGUAUUAUAGGAAUUUGAGGAAGCAUCUUCUAAAGCUAAAUGUUUCAAGUGCAUGAAACACAUGCUUUUUUGUAAAUAUCAAGAUGUAAAUUGAAUUUUUUUUCUUUAGUUGGCAACUGGAAAGAUGUCUAGCUGACUAGGGGGUGUGAUCUGAGCUUUUUAUAUUUUCUGGGAGGGCAUGCUUGAGUUGCUUUUUUAAAAUGGUGGGAACAAGUCGCAAUACAGACCAACUGUUUUAAAAUGUCUCCCCUUUGUCAUGAAGGUAAAAAAAUCAGUUAAUUUUUGUGAUUGUGUAUUGCGCAAAGUAAAUAAACAUUAAUUGGUUCAAUUAUAAA